UGGUUAUCUCAACAGAAGUGUGGCAACCGGAAAAAAGCUUAAUACCAGAUGGCAGAACGAGGCAAAUACAACAAUUCAGUACGAGGAUCUGAUGCAGACGUUGAGUACUCGUGCACACCGUGCGCCGACGAAGGCAAUGAUGAAAAGGCGUUGAAAUACUGUCCGGAAUGUAAAGAGUAUCUCUGUGCAGCGUGUAUGAAAUAUCAUCUUAAGUUUUCUGCAACGAAAAAAAACACGCUACAAGAUAACGAAUUCCAACGUUCUGAGAGAGAUUCCAUCGACACUACAUCGAAUGAGGACAAAAUGUUUAAAUGUCUCCAUCAUCCUGACAGGAAUAUCGAAAUGUAUUGCGGUGAUCAUGACAUGAUUUAUUGCUCUCUCUGUGUUGCUAAGAACCAUAGACAAUGCAGCGGAAUUCUAGAAGUUGAAGAAGCAACUGCUAAGAUUCUUAUAGACAAGCAAGACGACAUUUUACGACAGAUUGAUACUUUACAAGCUGAAAUACAAGCAACUAGACAGAAGAAAGAAGUCAAUCUGAUUGCACUUGAUCAGGACAAGAAUGAUAUUCUAAAAACCAUUGAAGACACAGAACUUUUGAUCAUCGACAAAGUCAAGGCAUUAGCUACAGAUGUGAAAGCAAUUACUUGUUUUAGGUAUGAUGGUCUGAAAAAGGAUAUUCAACAUGAAGAUUCGAUUCUUUUGUGUGCUAUAACUGAUACUGAUGAAGUAAGAAAAAAAAUUGAAACCCAAGCUCAUUUAGAUGCAAAGGGGCAAUUCUUAAGGUACAUUUUACACAAACAUACCUUUUCUAAAAUAAAAGAUAUGCAUUGUAGCGUAGAAAAAGAUGAAAAGAAAAUGAAAUGUUUUAAGAAUAACGAGUUUAUACAACAGGUAUCAACAGCUGAAUGGCUUCUUCGAGUUGUUGAAAGUAACAGUAGCGGUCCUACAACUGAGGAGCCAAUGUACAAAAAGUCACACAGAGAAAUAUCUGUUAAGGGAAACAGAGACGAGAAUACAUGCUCUAUACUUGGAAUUUGCCAGCUUAAUGAUGGUACAUUUUUGAUAGCGGAUAGAGAUAAUAAAUCUCUCAAAAGGCUGAAUAAAGACUUCAGUAUCAUUGGAGAACACAAUCUAGGUACUAGUCGUCCUAUAAGUAUGUGUUCGGUUGGCAAAAGUGAAGUAGCUGUAAAACUGGAAAAUCACACUGUACUAUUUGUUUCCAUUGAUGACACAUUUAUUGAAAAAACAGUAAUUUAUUAUUAUUAG